AUGAACAAGAGAAUAGUGUAUCAAGGUGAAAAAGCAACAGUUAAAUAUGAAGGACCAUUAAUGCAUGAAAAUAAGGGCGAUGAAAUAUGGUUGGGUGUAGAAUGGGAUUAAAUUGAUAGAGGGAAACAUAAUGGCACUGUUUAGGGGUAUACUUAUUUCAAAACCACUGAUGGAGCCAAUUCUGGCAGUUUAUUAAAGAAAGAGAAGGUGAAAUUCGGCAAUAGAUUAUGGGAAGCAUUGUUUCUGAAAUAUUUCAAGGAAAUCCCUCCCAUUCUAUUGCAGGAAAUGCAAGUUUAAGAAUAAGUUAAAGAUGAAUUCCUUUAAGAGCAUUAAGAUUAAGGAAACAAUAAAGACUAGAAAAGCUAAAUGAUCACCCUUAUCAAUUAAAAAUAAGUGAAAAUUGAAUUUGAUGACACUGCUUUUUUUGAAACAAUGAAAAUGAAAAAGAAAAUGGUUGAAUUUUAUGGAUUCGAUGAAGUUUAUAAGAAACUAAAUAAUUUAGAGACUUUGUCAGAGCUAUCUUUAGAGUCUUAAAAUGUUUCAACAAUUGGACCAUUUGGUUUUGUUGGAAGUAUAUUUAGUAAUAUCAAAAUUUUGGGUUUAGAGGAUAACUUGUUCCAUUCUUGGCAUCAAAUAUUUGUUUUAGUAGCUCAAUUGCCAACCUUAAGAGAGUUGUCUAUUUCAAGUAAUAAAUUAUCAAAACUUGAAACUUUUGGAUAACAAUAAAUUCUAAAUUAAAUAUUCACUUAAACUCCAGAUUAUUUGAUUUAUGAUUACGAGUAAGGAAAACACUUAGAAAUUCCUGUAGAUGGCUGUGGUAAACAUAUAGAAAUUUUGGUUUUGAUUGAUAUGUAAUUGAAUUGGAAGGAUAUUUCCUUGAUUAUCCCUGCGUUUCCAAAGGUUUAAUAGUUAUUGUUGUGUAAAAAUACUUUAGUUGAUUAUGAGAAUUUGUAAUUUAGGAAUACAGAUUUAUAAGACUUAAAGAUAUUAAAUUUGGAACAAACUGGAUUAUAAGAUUUUGAUUAUGUUUAAAAGUCAUUUGGAAAUCUACCAAAUUUAGAGAGACUUAUUUUAAAUAAAAAUAAUUUAAUAGACUUACCUUUGGUUACUGAAUUUAAAGCACUUAAACAUUUAGCUUUAGAUCACAAUCACUUUGCUAUGCCAUAAUUUUUGAAUAAAAUUGGAAAACUAUAAUUAAAUUCUCUUUCAAUAAAACACAAUCCAUUAGUUGAUAAAUUUGGAAAGUUGUAUCUGAGACAAAGAGCAAUUGCAGAAGUAACUAGUGUUUAAAUCAUUAAUGGCAGCGAAAUCACUAAAUUCGAAAGGAAGGAUUCUGAGAUAUUCUACUUGAAAUCUUCCUUUGAAGAAUACUUCUUAUUGAAGAAUGUCAAACAUUAUUAUUAUGAUUAUGAUGAUUUUAUCAAUUAUGCUCAGAUAAAUCAUCCAAAAGCUAUAGAACUAAUAAAGAAAUUUGGAAAUCCUUACGAAAUUGAUCCCACUGUUAAAGGAGGGUAUACUUAAACCAAAUAACAACUCUAAUAACCUUAAUAUUGUACAAUCAAAAUUAUUGAUCAUGUUGGAAAAUUAUAGGAUAAACCUACUUCAAAAAAAUUGAUGGGAGGCACAGGCUUACAACCUGUGAAACUGAUGAUCUCAAAAUUAGUGAACAUACCAAUAAAGUAGAUAGCUUUAUCGAUAUAGGUAACUGAUGAUGCUGAAAUUGUCAAUAUGGAAGGAAAGGACAUGACUUUGAAUGAUUUUGGAGUUCAAGACAAUAGUCUUAUUCAUGUAAAUGUACUGCCAGAAUGA